AUGGGGCAACUUUCCUGGGAGCCGGCGGAUGGAGGGAUAGAUCGGGUCUGCCGUGGCCGCUCUGCGUCAGACAACAACCCAGCGAACUACCGCGUUGUCACGGCCACAGACCUGGAGGCCUGCCAGCAGAGGUGUCAGAGCUCUUCGGGGUGCAAGGCGGUGGAGUUCUCCGGUACUCGUUGUGAGCUCUGGCUCAGAGAAGUGCAAGCCACUCGGUCCCUGCGCAACUUUCAGUGCCACCGCCUCGUUCACCCUUCUAACAGCUUUUGGGACUUCGCCCCCGUGGACGGGGCCGUGGGCCGUGUGUGUCGCGGUGCGAGCAGGGGAGACAACAAGCUCUCCUACUUCGAAGUCACCCGAGCAGCUUCACUCAGCGACUGCCAGGCAAAGUGCUUGGCAGCGGACCUCUGCACUGGAGUCGAGUUCCACGUGAAAGGUCGGUGUGAGCUCUGGAACCGCACCAUCGAUGCCUUCUCCAUACUGGAUGACUACCAGUGCCACCGAGUGAUCCGCCAGCCCUCGAACCGCCACUGCGACACCCUGCCUUGCGGAAGCUGCCGCACGGCCCUGCCCGGGGAGCCCUGCUACGCCGAUGUUACCUGGGCGAAGUCUGAGGGCAUCUUCUGGAGACCGGAUUGGUAUCCUGGCCUCACAGCCUCCUCCAGCUUCGAAGACUUCCAGGCCUUUCUCACAGAGGCGAACACGAGCUCCUGCACCGAGAUGCCUUGCACCACGACAACGACCACAACGACCAGCACCACAACGACUACAACGACCACCACAACGACUACAACGACCACCACUACGACGACCACUACGACGACCACCACGACCACCAGCAGCACUACAACCACCAGGACCACCACACCCGCCUCCACGACCACAGCGGGCUCCAGCGCUGGCCCGACCUGCGAAGAUGUCUCGGCGGUCGAGGCUAACGACGCCUAUUCCAGCUCAACCUGCGGCGGGCGACUGGAGUCUCAGCCUAGCACGGCCUAG